AUGUCUCUUGCUCCUCGAACAAGAGGUCUCUCAAAGACAACAUCCAAGACCAGUAGUGGUGUUGCAACCAGCACGACGAUGAAUGAUGAUGAUGGUGGUCGUAGUAGUAGUCGUCAUCAGAUCAGCCUCCAAUCCAAGACAACCUUGUCUUCCGUACCCUCCUCACGAGAGAAAAGACAGUCCGGUAGUAGUAGUAUCAAGCCUGAGACUGUACCUCACUCAUCAUCAUCAGCACCCUCAAAACCAACCACAAGCCUCUCUUCAAACACCAAACUACUCUCAAAUCCUUCAAUGAAACAACCCAAACCAUCCACAACGAGCAAUAACAACUCCCCAACAAUCCUCAUUCCUGUAAAUAAUCAUACUCCUCAAUCAACCAAUGCAACAACCAUCACCUCUUCUUCCUCUAGACCUGAACAAACUUCCUCUGCCUCUACUCUUGCUCAAAACUUCCGAUCCAAAUCUCCAUCCUUCAAUUUUACAGUUUCAAAAAUUCAAACCUACGAAAGAGUGUACCAACGAGUGUUGCAGCAAAAGCAAAUGAAAAACAAACAACAACCACAUCAUUCAUUCAAAACCUUAAAUAUUUAUUCAGAUUUGGCAUUAUGUUUGAGGUUAUGUGGAGCCUCUCCUACCACUGAUCAUUUAAUGUUGCAUUACAAUCAACACUUGAAACACAGUGAUGAAUCGUUUACUUUUGGAGAUUUCUUAGAUUUUCUUAGUAAACAAUAUGAAUUAGAGAGAGACAUGGAUUAUAAAGACAUUUUUGUCAAGUAUUUUGUAUUGAACAGUUAUGGAGAGAAAAUGUUAAGCGUCAAUCUUUUAAAAGAAUUAUUAUUUGAAAGUGGUUUGGAUCCUCUCACAGAUUCAGAAGAAUUUGAUCGUUUUAUUAAAUACAUUCUUGGAGAUGAUUAUCAAAAACAAGUAGAACGAUUUAAAAAGAAGCAAAUGAAAAAGAAACAAUCCGAAAUGAAAGAAGAAGAAAUUCAAAAACCAAUAUCCUCUUCUGGAGCAACACUUGGGUCUAUUGUAUUGACUGAGAAUGGUGUUGAAUUUGUAAAUCCAGGUGUAGUAGCAACAACAAGUGUUGUUGAAAAGAACAAUGAAGUUCCCAAGCAGACAGAGGUGGUGGAUCAAAGUGAGAAUGAGGAAAAGCUUGAAUUAUUCAUAUCACUUGAAAAAUUCUUAGAAUUGGUAAAAGUGUAA